UAACGAACUUUGCAUAUUUAACCCUUUAUGCCACAUGUAUAAAGUUCCUCUCUUCUUCUUCCAAACCUCCCAUUAUUAAUUAAUCUCUGCAACAUAUUAUGUGCAGAUCAUCCUUAAUAAUCAUCAAAACUUGAACACAUUCUUGAAAAAAAAAUUGAGUAAAAAUGGCGGAAGACCCUUUAGAAAAUGCAGGAACAGGAAGAAAAAAAAUGGUUCGAAUAGAAUCAGGGGCAGCAAGAGGGUUCAAGAGCCUUCAUUUUCUUGAUAAAACUACAGGAAAAGAAGCAGAUGCUUGGAAAAGUGUUGAGAAAAGAUUCCAUCAAAAUGCUGUUAAUGGAAUUCUUUUUAAAGACAAAUUUGGACCCUCUAUAGGAAUGGAAAGCAAGGAAUUUGCUGAGGAGUUGUUUGAUACAAUGGCAAGGAGAAAGAAGAUUAAUGCAGAAAAUGGGAUAACAAUUGAGGAACUUAGAGAAUUUUGGGAUGAUAUAUCAACUCAAUGCCCUGAUACAAGGCUUCAUAUUUUCUUUGACAUGUGUGACAAGAAUGGUGAUGGGAAACUAUCAGAAGAAGAGGUCAAGGAGGUUCUAGUGAUGAGUGCUGCAGCCAACAAAUUGACAAACUUCAAGAAACAUGCAGCAACACAUGCAGCUUUAAUCAUGGAAGAGUUUGAUCCUGAUCAUUUAGGAUAUAUUGAGCUAUGGCAACUUGAAUCUCUACUAAGAGGAAUGGUUGGAUCAGAAGAUGAGAAAAAGAACUUGAAGAGAUCACAAACACUAGCAAAAACCAUGAUCCCUAGACAAUAUAGAACUCCAGUGAGCAAAUUUUUUAGCAAAACUUCAGAGAAGAUACAUGAUAACUGGAAAAGAAUUUGGGUCGUAACGUUGUGGUUGUCCAUUAAUCUGAUACUAUUUAUAUGGAAGAUUCAACAAUUUAAGGGGAGAGAAGCCUUCAAGAUUAUGGGACAUUGUGUCUGUUUAGCUAAAGCUGCAGGGGAAACUCUCAAGUUCAAUAUGGCUCUAAUUCUCCUUCCAGUCUGCAGAAGAACUCUUACUCAGCUUAGAGAAUCUUUCCUUGGUUCUAUUAUACCUUUUGAUGAUAACAUCAAUUUUCACAAAAUGGUUGCCUUAGGAAUUACUGUAGGGGCCUUUAUUCAUGUAUUGUUUCACACAACUUGCAACUUUGUGAAGUUAGCGUCCUGCCCAGAGAGUAAAUUUAUGACAAUUCUUGGAAGCAAUUUUGGCUACGAUCAACCAACUUACAUGGAUCUGGUAGCAUCUGUUCCAGGCGUAACGGGGAUACUAAUGACCCUUUUCAUGCUUUUCUCCUUCACACUGGCAACACAUUCGUUCCGAAGGAAUGUCAUCAAAUUGCCAUGGUCAUUUCAUCAUUUGGCAGGAUUUAAUGCAUUUUGGUAUGCACAUCAUCUGCUGAUAUUCGUAUACGUGCUCUUGAUCCUCCACGGCUACUUCAUAUUCCUUACCAAAGAAUGGUACAAAAAGACGACAUGGAUGUAUCUUGCAGUCCCAGUACUUCUAUAUUCUACAGAAAGAGUUCUUAUCAUCAAUGAGAACCGCUACCACGUGAACGUCCAAAAGGCUGUUAUAUAUACAGGGAAUGUACUAGCACUAUAUAUGACUAAACCUCCAGGAUUCAGGUACAAGAGCGGAAUGUACCUGUUCGUUAAAUGUCCAGAUAUAUCAAACUUCGAAUGGCAUCCAUUCUCAAUCACUUCUGCACCGGACGACGACUAUUUAAGUGUCCAUAUACGUACAUUAGGAGACUGGACUACAGAGCUUAGAACCAGAUUCCAAAAGGCUUGUCAAGCUACACAAUCCAGGACGAGAAGUCUUAUUAGAAUGGAAACUAAAGCGUAUAACCCAAAGGAUUCGGAACAAUCUCAAGCCGAAUUUCCAAAGAUCAUUAUCAAAGGGCCUUAUGGUGCACCAGCUCAGAACUACAAGAAAUAUGAUAUCCUUCUACUAGUUGGCUUAGGAAUUGGAGCAACUCCAUUUAUCAGCAUUAUAAAGGACAUACUAAACCAGGAAUCUGGAUAUAAUCAGCAGGAUGACGAAUCAUCCAGCAAGAAAGGUCCUCAAAGAGCAUAUUUCUAUUGGGUGACACGAGAACAAGGAUCAUUCGACUGGUUCAAGGGUGUAAUGGAUGACAUUGCUGAACAUGACGAAAAUGAAGUGAUAGAAAUGCACAACUACUUGACUAGUGUUUACGAAGAAGGAGACGCACGAUCAGCACUAAUCACAAUGGUCCAGUCACUUCAACAUGCUAAAAAUGGAGUUGAUGUAGUCUCAGAAAGCAGGAUAAGAACACAUUUUGCUAGACCAAAUUGGAAAAGGGUGUUUGCUCAAUUGGCAGCUUCUCAUCCAUCAUCUCGCAUUGGUGUUUUCUACUGUGGAAGUCCCACACUUACCAAACCACUCAAAAAGUUGUGUCAAGAAUUUAGCUUAAAUUCAUCCACACGCUUCAACUUCCACAAAGAGAACUUCUAGAGUACGCGAUGAUUUCAUAUCUUGAGAGUUCACUACAAACGUCAGUAUCGAUAUGUUUGCAGUUAAAUUGUACUGUAUACUAGUUAGCUGUAAAAGUUUAUUUAGGGAAAUUUAAUAGUGGAUUUUCAUUUGUUGCAAAUUUGUACAUUCAGUCUCAAGUUUUUAUGUAUCUCUCCUUUAAGUUU